UUUUUUGAUGCGGCAAGGCGGGCCGGACUUGUUCAUGUGAUACAGCAGGGAGGUGUUUUUCCAAAAGAGUUUGCAAGAGACCAGACUGCACCAUUCGGAAUCUUACUGUCCCGGAGAUUACCGUUGCAGCGGUUCAGAUCUAGGAUAUUUCGUACCACAGAUUUUUCACCGGAGACUUAUUCGGGACGGCGGCUGUUAGAUCAUGGGAGAAACGCAAUCAUCUCCACGGGAUGGCAAGGAGGAAGCUGUAGCCGAAGAGGAGAGUGUUAAAGUGGAUGAUGUUCAAGAUGACGAAAACAUUGAAGACAAGUUUCUCCCAAAAAAUGGACAGAUCUCAGGGUUGAAUGAAAAAGCAGAGUUCCCGCCUGAAGAGUUCAAUGGGGUGUGUGAAGACCAUGUCCAUGCAGAAGUUUGUGAGACAGAUUCAGCUAUUAUUUCUCCAAAAGAGGAUGUCUCAGACGCCCCUGAGACAGUGGAGACAGGAGAAGAAGGACCUCUUGAGAGCCCACCUGAGGCACAUGUAGAGGAUGAGAAGAAAUCACGUGAAGACACAGUAAACGACUCACCUGAAGAUGCAACAAAGGAAUCACCUGAGGACGCAUCAAAUGGCUCACCAGAGGACCCACUGAAGGAUUCACCCGACGACACAGCACAGGACUCACCUGAGGAUGUGUCCAAGCCAGCCAUGAGUGAAGCGGAGGCAAAACUGAACGAGAUCAAUGAGAGUUUUAAAAAAUUCUUCAGUAUGGUAGGUUUUAAACUGACUGUGAAAAAAGACGUGGGUGAAAAGUCAGAAACUGUUCCGGAGUUGACCGCUGAGGAAGAGGCAGAAACAAGUGGCUUAGAUAUCAAGGACACUUCAGAGGGGUCUGCAAGUGGAAAUGCUGAACAGAAUAUUGAUUUGAGCCCAGAACAAGAGCCAUCUGAUAGCGAUUCAAAAUCCAGCCCUACAACAACAGAAGACAUUACUGUGGAGGAAGUUCCUGAGACCAUUAAGGAGAAGAACUCAGAGGCAGGAGGAACCAUUGAAGAAGUACCGUGUGUUCAAAAUGGCACAGAGGAGCUAGACCCAGUCACUCUCGAUGGACAAGAAGAUCCACCCAAACAAGAGGUGACAUCUGAAAAGGAUGCAGAAACCAGUCCUGAAGAGGAAGAGGAUGCCAUGUCUCCUAUUAAACGUUUUUUCACUACAGGAAUAUUCGCAGGUUUAGGAAAAAAGAAAAAGGCUAAAGAAGAGGAGGAAAAAAUGCAAGAUGAGAGUAUUGCAAAAGAACUUGAAGAGCUAAGAAAACCAGAGGAUGCAAUUACACCAAAAGAGCCAGAACAAAAUGGCAGUGAACUAAAAACUGAUAUGCUUCCCACAUUAGACACAGGAAACACAGAGACGACUGAUGUCCCUGAAAUGAGUAACAAGAACGAACAUAUUCAUGAGGAAGAGAAAGCUGCUCCCGAGUGUCCAUCCACCAUCAUCUCAAACGAAGCUGACCUUCUCAGCUCUCAGGAGAAAGAGAAAAUUCAAGGUAGUCCACUCAAGAAGCUCUUAUCUGGCGCUGGCUUGAGGAAACUAUCAAAAAGGCAGAAGGGCAAGACAGCUUCUGCGGAGCAGCUUCUGUCAUCCACAGAAUCAGCAGAGUAUCAAAUAGGAGAAACUCCUGCCUGUUCGCCAGAGGGGGCUGAAGAGAGAGAAAUCACAGUGGUACCAGGUCAGGUAGAUUCAUGCCACGAAUCUGAGGGUGAUGCUAAUUCAGAUGGCGAAAGGAAGAAGGAUGGCACCUGGGCUUCUUUCAAAAAGCUGGUUACCCCUAAAAGACGACCUAAAAGGCCCUCCAUUAGCGAUGAUGAGGCAGCCCCCGUAGCGCCACAUGAGGAUCCGAAGGCAAGUGAGGGAGAAGAGAUCAUCACCCUCAGCACGGAAGAGCACAAUAAGAAAGUCGAUUGGGAGGCCUUCCUGUGUGGAUCUGGGAAGAGAAGGAGCCGAAAGACAUCGGACUCUGAAGACGAAAAGCCGGUGCAUAAGAGGGAAGGUCGGAGGUCAGCUGAUGAACCUAGGGACACAGCUGAGUCUCCAUUAGACAGUUCCCAGGAGGGAGACUCCGAACAUAUGUACUCUUCUCCUGACCAAGCUGUCAGUCCUUCAGAAGGUGAUGGCACUUCUACUUGGAAAUCCCUUAAAAGGCUUGUCACUCCAAAGAGGAAGGCCAAAAGGGAAGAGGUUGGCAGAGACCUGACACUCUCUGAUAGUGAUAUCACUAAAGAAGAUUCUUCAUUUUCAAUAAAGAAACUCAUAUCCGGACGCAAAAAGAGGAAGACUGAAGGAAAACCGGACCAAAUGUCCUCCGAUGAGGCUGAAAGGGCUGUUGGAUCGGACGAUGAAGACUCAGAAACACCAGCUGUGGUUCCAUUGUCUGAAUUUGACAUGGAUCCGAUAGAUGACCACAACUUGCAAACUCAAGCAGUCAUAGAAAGCUCCAUGUCUGCAGAAACAGAAGAGAAAGGCAUCCCCAGUCCACUAACCGAACUGGUUAUUCACAUUGCCAUCGUGCCUUCCGAACUAGAAAGCGUUCAGGACACCGACGACUCCAUGGCACAAUCUUCAACCCCUGUGGAGGAAUUCGAGGAUCUAACAGAAUUUAUUAGUAAACAUCAACAACUCAGUGACAUCACUGAAGAGGGCGUGAUAGAGGAGACUGUUGCCACACCUAUGUCCAUAGCUGAGGAGAUUGCCCGAGAUGACACCAUAGCUGAAGACUUAAUAGAGUUGACAUCAGAGGCUGUUACCGCCCUGGAACCAAUAGAUGACUCCUUUGCAGACGAAACAACAGAAAUGGUUUCAGCUGUUUCCCAGCUGACCGAGUCGUCUAAAACGUCGGGUAACACAACACCAGUCCCAGUAGAACAUGAUAGCACUGAAACAGAAGCCCUUCUGCAGGAGGUUGUUGAAACCAUUUGUGUCACUGCAGAUAUGUUCGCAGUAACUACAGAAGAUGCAGAUAUAGAGAGAGUAGCCGUUUCAGUCUCUCCCCGGGUAUUUGGGAUACCCACGGAACAAGAAGCCAAAAUGUUUGAAGCACAUGCAAAAUCAGAUGCAGUUACCAUCUGCACAGAUCUAGACAGUGAUGAACUUAACACUCCAAUUAAAGACCCCAUGAUACCUCUGGUGGAGUGUAUAUCUGAAAUCAGAGAGGCCAUUUCCACAGAGGUGGCUCCUGAGGCUGAAACUGAGUUUAAUUCAGCUGGAAUUUCCACAGAUGAGGUACACAAAGCUGAUGUUGCCAAAGCCCUUGAGAUAACAGACACCAUUUUAAUAUCUACGGAAUCAGACGACCUGAACACCACUGAUGAUAGCCAAACGUCGACUGAGGGUGUAUUUGAAGUUAGCGAGGCUCCGUUUGAAGAUAUAACUGAAGAGUUUGAUGCAACUGGAAUGACCACAGAUAACCUAGAUCUCCUCGAUUUCAGAGAACCACAAGAAGACUAUAGUGUAGGAGCAACCUUCCCAACUCUAGAACCAGAAGAGCUGAAAGUUAUUGAUGAUAGCCAAUUCCAGGUUGAAGAUGAAAUCAAAGUCCCACAUCUAGAGCCAGAAGAACUGAUAGUUAUUGAUGACAGCCAAGGUGAAACUCAAAUCACUGAAACAAUACCUGAGGAUAAACCUGAUGAGAUGGACUCUGCUGUCAGUAUUAAUGAUGGGGAAGAACAGUCAGAAUUCUUUGAGCCACAAGCAAUCUCUAGUGGUCUAGACACUGACGAACAGCAUGUUCUGGAUGAUAGUGAACUCAGUGUUCAGGAUGAAACUGUAGUCACUGAAACAAUGCCUAAGGACACCACAGAAAAGUUUGGCUCACCUGGAAAUAUUAGUGAAGUGGAAGAACAAAUAACAUUUGAUGAGUCAAAAGAAAUCUGUACAAGCCUUGACAGUGCCAUCGAUGAGAGUUUCUUGCUGAGAGAGUGUGUAACUGGAGUCAGUGAGGCAUUGAACACAGAGCUGGAAACCAAGAAUAAAACUGAACAUGUUCAUUCGGCUGACACUGUAAUGGAUGAUGUUAACAAAACUGAAAUAGAAUUUCAAGAAUCCGACUUGAUAGCUACAGUUACAGAAUUUCAAGAAGCAGAUUCGACAAUUGCAGCAGUCGAACGAAAAAGAGAAAUCGAGCAAAGUCAAGAAGAGAGCAGAGAACCAUAUUUAGAGAAUUACAGUGGUGAAGUCGCCCAAACCAUUGACACAGUGGACGAGGAUCAAAAAACAGAACAGGUGGAGGAGUUACAAAGGGCCAGUCCUGUACAUGUGGCCCACAUGGAGUCAGAGGUGAUAGGAAUACAGGUUCUUAAAAGGGAGGUUGUAGCAGAGGACAUUCCACAGACAGAAUCAGAGGUAAUUUCACUCUCCAAGGAGCCUCUCUGUAAACAGGAAGCCAAUAUCACUGAUGUCACUGUGGAGGAGGAAAAAGAAGAGGACCUUCAGAGUGUUUCAGAGGACAGGGCAAAUGUUGCGCUCGCUCCAGUGGCUGAACUUAUCACAUGCUCGGCAGUAGAAGAUUCUAUGUACAGCCUCGAUACUCCCUUGGCAGAAAUGUCAGAUGUUUCGGAAACUUUGAUGGCUGUUGUGGCAACCCGUGUAGAGUCCCCAGAGCUAGUUGAGAGAGUGGAUAUUUUGACCCCACAGAUAGACAGCCUUGUAGUGCAGGCAGUAGAGGUAAAAGAUGAAAAUGCAAUGCAAAACUUGCCAUUGAUUCAGUGUAUGGAUGACCAUGAAAUCCAGGUUCAGGGGGUGGACAUUGAUGUGGAGUCAGCAGAGGUAGUUGUUGAGACUGCUCUUAAGGGGGCUUCCACUGAUACUGUGGUGGCUGUAGAUGGUUGUGGUGAAGAGGAGAAAGCAGUUGACACUUUGUCAGCUGCUUUGGAGAUCGAAGAGGAUGUCACUGAAGAGGCUAGUAGUGUUAUCACUUUGGAAAUCCAUCAACAUGAAAUGUAUAACCAGGAAGCCCCAGUGCCACUGACAGAAGCUCGACUGUCAGAUGACAAGGUUGACACUGAAUUGAUGAAGGAAGCAGAGCUCCAUAAAGCACCAGAGGAUACUAUGGAGACAGGUAGUCAACACACAGAUGGCUAUUUAGUUCACAGUGUCACAGAGGGCACAGAGAUAAUUCAAUCAUCUGCAAAUUAUUUAGAAGUUGAGUCUACUACUGAAGUUGGUGGGGAUCCAUAUAUAGGGUCACAUCCCAAGGAUGAACUGGUUCUUGAAGAAGAUACAGUCAACAAUGAUUCAGUCAUUCCUCUGAAUUUGGCAGACAUUUCUAUCCCAGAGCAGGAGAGAGAUCUUGAGGAAAAGAAAGUUGAAUCCAAUCAUUUCGUUGUUGACUUAGUUCCAGAGGGUGCUACAGAAGCCUUUGAGUCAUUGAUUGUGGAGAGACGGAGGGAAGAAGAGACAGAGGAGAAGAUGACGCAGACGGUUGGCCCCCUGGUGGAACAGUCCACAAGUGGAGGCAUGGUGUCUUCAGCAGUUCAUCUUGGGACACCCUCAAGCCUGACUUUGGAGGUAAAACUGAACUUUCAGUUUGGACAAACACAGGAAGUUGUAAACACCAUUCGGCCGGUUUCUGAGAGAACUGAGCCAUUGAAACACUCAGAGGUAUCUGAGGUGGGAAUUCAAGCAACAGAGAAAUUGGAUCCCAUCGGACAAUUAAAAGUAGUCGAGACGCCAGUCCCUCAACCAGAAAAAUGUGAACCAUUAAGGCAGACUGAGGUACACAAGACCAACACAGUUACAAGGCAGACUGGGGAGGAGAUUAAGAGACAACCAGAGGAGGAGUUUGACCAAGAUGUGUGGCUAGAUGCUGAAGAAGACAUAGACACCCAGGAGAGCAUAGGGAGAACAUGGAGCAAAGCUGCUGAAUGUCUGCAAAGACUGGAAUCGCAGGAAAAUACACAACCCAAAACAGGGAUGAGUGACCACGUGUCUCAGGAUUGGAAUGUCCUGGACGUAGAAGAGGUUAGUAAAGAAACACAGAAGCCAGAUGAAACAGCAGGAAUGGAGAGUGAAGACGUUUUUGAUGUUGCACUUGAGCCUCCGAGUUGUCUGUCAGAAAUCGAAUCGAUGAUGGACACUAGUAUCAUUGAUUUUGAUUGAGGCCGUCAUCAUCGGAUAGAUGUGAUCUAUUGAUGUGAGGAAAAAGACGACCGGAUAGGUCCACAAGGAGCUGACAGUUGAUAACACGCUGUCGAAGAAUCCAUCACAACACAUAAAACUACAUUGAAAAAGUAACAUUCAACCAAACCUGAUCCUGGAAAUAUACAUAAGAUUUUUGAAUUCAGUUACCCACCAUUGGUUGCUUUUUCAUAUUACUCUUUACUUAGUACAUCAAAGUGUAACUGUACUACUAGUAUUUCUUUCAAUAAUUUUUUCCUUUUCAAGGUCCCAUGUGUUACAAUCUAUCCUUGGAGGUACAAUAAUGUAUAUUUCAUUAUUUAUGUUUGCAAUGUACAGUAUGUCAUUUCUUACCCUAAUGUUUUCAGUCUUGUCAACUUAGGAAGAAACUGUAAUUGCUUAUUAGUAAAGUCAUCCAACACUAACAGGUAUUCAGUUCUGACUCUUAGGUGACAAAUAUAGCCGGAGUACAGGGUGAACUGUAAUUUGCAGUAGCAAUGGUUAACACCAAAUAUCAUGAAUGACGUUACAUAUUGUAGACAUGAACUUUAUGUAGAUUCAUAACAUAACAAAACACUCCCAUCAUUGUGUUACACUGCUUGGCAUGGCGCACUGACAUUUUUUAUUUCUAAAAUGUAAAAUAAAUGCACAUUAUUUGAAAUAGUUUAUUUACAAAUUGUGUAAAAUAAUAUAAAACAAUAACUUACACUGCUAAUGCAAAAAUGGCAGCUUGUCCAUACUUGUUUUGUUUCAAUGUGUGUGUAUCUGAAUGAGCAAGUGGAAGUGUAGUAUAUGAGAUCUGUUUUCCUUUAUUUAGGCUUUUGGAUUGGCUACUGUUAAAAUGUUUCUUAACAUUUGUAGAAAUUACAUUCCUGCCAAUGUUACAUGAUGUAAUAACUAAUAACUAAAUGCAAACAUGUUGUUGCACUUUUUAUAUUUGAAAGCUGAAAUAAAUGCUAAUGAUUGUAAAUCAGGCAAAAUAAAAGUAUUUUAAAUCUG